UACAAAGUUGACGGAUCACGCUGGCAGGUUUGUGUCUCGGAUGUGAACGACCUAUUCAACUUCGUGAUUGGACGACUGUUUGUCCGCCAGCGUUUUGAUGAAGAAAGCAAGAAAGCAGCCAUUGAAAUGAUCAACGAAAUCAAAUUGGCAUUCAAGGAAAAUUUUGAUUCCGUGACAUGGAUGAAAGAAGAGGACAAGGUGAAAGCGAUCGAAAAGGUGGAUAACAUGGGUGCAUCGAUUGGCUAUCCUCAGUACAUUUUUGAUGUUGUCGAGGAGGAUAAAGUCUACGAACGUGUUAGUUUAGACGAGAAAACAUUUUUCGAGAAUGGAUUGCGUUUAACCGAAGCCACCAUGCGCGAAGUUUAUCGUCAAUUGAUUGUCAAAGAUCGCUAUCAGUGGGAUCUAUCCCCGCAUGUGGUCAAUGCAUUCUACAAGGAGACCGUGAACCACAUAUAUUUCCCAGCUGGGAUUCUGCAGAGUCCUGUGUACAAUCGGGACCAUCCGAACGCAUUGAAUUUCGGUGGAAUCGGGAUGGUCAUGGGUCACGAAAUCACACACGCGUUUGACUAUUACGGAUCCAAACGAGAUGCAAAUGGUAAUCUACGACAAUGGUGGAGUGAACAGACCCGUGAAGCGUUUGAAAAGAACUCUCAAUGCAUGAUUGAUCAGUACAGCAAUUAUACCAUUUUGGAUACCAAGCUCAAUGGCAAACUUACACUUGGAGAAAAUAUUGCUGAUAAUGGGGGAAUGAAAGCUGCCUUCAAAUUAAUUCAUUCGGAACGGAAUUUUAAUUAUUCGGAUACGCGUUUCGGCCAACCUGCUAGUUUACUAGAUGACCCUUGUCCAUUCUAUGCCCUCGAUAAAAAACAAUACAUUCGCAAGAUACGAAUUCCCGAAGGAUUGUCAAAAAUGGACUUUUGUGUGGAUUGUGUUGUGAUAUGGUGUGUGACAGAACUACCUCAAGCCGUGCUGAAUGCGGUGUUGUUUGACGUGCACACAGUCGAUCCAUAUCGUGUCAUCGGGACAUUAUCGAAUUCCGAGGAGUUCGCACGUGUGUUUAACUGUCCUGUUGGUUCCCCUAUGAAUCCUGGAAAGAAAUGUGCAGUGUGGUGA